AUGACAUCCGUAAGAAAAAGAAAGAUGAAAAGGUCCUCUGUUGGGAAGGCAACUAGGAGAACCAAAGACAAACAAAGGAAAAUCAACAUUCAGUCCAAUCCGAUUAUUGCAGCAAAUUGGGAUUAUUCCCUGACAACCGCACAAAAUUAUAAGAGAUUAGGUCUAAGAGCCAAGUUGCAAACACCGACGGGUGGUAAAGAGGCCGAUUUAAGUAAGGUAGUUAAGAGAAUUCCAUUAACGAAAUCUAUGUUAGAUGAAGAUGAAGACGAAGAUGAAGACCAAGACGAAGACAAGCAACAUGAUCAUGUGACGGCUAGCGUGGAAGUUGAUGAAAACGAAAUCCCAGAAGGUGAGGCAAGAAUACAACGUGAUGAGAACGGUGAUGUUGUAGGGGUUGUUUACGGUAAGAAAAAAAAUUAUGAUGUCGAUGAUGAUGUUGACACAAUAAAAGCCAAAGAAAUCAGUGAGGGGACUGAAGUUGUUAAGCAAUUGGAAGCAUUUGCAUCUAGACCUGUUAUUAAAAAGGAACGCUAUCAAAGUGAAAGGGAAGAAGAAUGGCUGGAAAAAUUAUAUAAUAAAUAUGGUGAUGAUUACAAAAAAAUGUUUUUUGACAAACAAUUAAACAUUUAUCAACAAUCUGAGGGCGAUUUGAAAAGAAGACUUUUGAAGUGGAAGAAAAGAAGCAGUACCAUAUCGAAAUAA